UUCCCACGGAGUCCUGGAGAUAAUCUGGAGUAGUGGGGGAAGCCAUCCCCAGCUCCCUGAGAACUGGCUCAACAGGUCUCAGGGUUGUUAGGCAGGCCACCUGAAUAGGGGAAUCAGCAGCUGCUUGGCUUCUGUUUUUUUCUCCUUUCCUUUCAACUUUCUCAGCUCCCUCAGAGUUCACUUCAUAAAUUUCUCUCAAGAGUUGAUUCCCCUCAGGCCUGAAUCUAUCUCCACCUUCAUAUAUCCAGGCAGGAGCCUUCAGUUUUCCCUUAGGCCUUGCUGUUUCAGAGCUAGAGCAACUUUCUUUGUCCUAAAACUCUCAGUCCCUCUCCUAUAAUUUAUAUCAGGAAACAGGCAUAGUCAAAAGUUAUAACAGUAUUGAUGUUGUAAUACUAGAAAUCUUCCUUCUAGACAUUUCCAUGCCUGGAGCUAUUUUUCUGGGGUUACGGGAGAGGGGAGUCCCCCUCCUCUGCUAGUUCCCACAGAGUGCUGGCAGCUCCACUUCCCAGGCCCUCCUCCUCACCCCAAGUGGCCCCAAAUCCCCUCUGAAAGGGUGCAGUUCAGGUAUCAGCAUAGCAACCUAUAAGACUUGAGGUGGGGUAGAGAGGGUAUGGAAGACUUAGAUCAAAUGUCCUGAGUGAGGCAGGACCAGAUUGUCCCCAACACAAAACAGCCGGGGAGAGCUACCAUAGACUCCCUUUUUGGAUUAGAACAGCCCCAGAUGAGAACUAAGACUCCACAGCCCUUGGGUUAGUCAGAGCAUUCAAAAGGAGGAGAAGACAGCACCAGGCUGUGCCUGGCAGGGAGUCCAGAGUUUCUGAUUUCUAAAUUCAGGAAGGCGUCAGCCAGGGGAGGGGCCUCCAUGUAGGGGAAGGGCGGGAAGCUGGGGCUGAGCAAGUUUUCUAUGCAAGUCUGCGCAAGAAGAGGCCACACAGACCAGAAGACCCAAUAGCCUUCUGAAACGGAGAAGAGUGGAGGCUCUGGCUUUGACCACCUGAGACACCACUCCUGCUGCGAAGAUUGUCACUCCAUUUGUUAUCCUGAGGCCUCUACUUACCCUGUACCAUAAGGAUGGAGCCACUACUAGGAGUAAAAGUUGGCUGCCUGUUUUCCCUGCUGGUUCUCACUCUGGUCUGUGGCCUUUUCCCCAUCUGCUUCAAAUGGUUCCAGACUGCCACAGGUACAGCCCGACCAUGUCGUCACCGCCAGGUCCUCAGCCUCCUGAGCUGCACUUCUGCUGGCGUUUUCCUGGGAGCGGGGUUCAUGCACAUGACUGCUGAAGCCUUGGAGGGAAUUGAAUCAGAGAUCCAGAAGUUGGUGAUACAGAACAGCACAAACAGUGAGGGGAAUUCUGAUGAUGCUGAUUCAGCUUAUAUGGAGUAUCCCUAUGGAGAGCUCAUCAUCUCCCUGGGCUUCUUCUUUGUCUUCCUUUUGGAGUCACUGGCAUUGCAGUGCUGUCCUGGGGCUGCUGGAAGAUCAAAAGUGCAGGAGCAAGAAUGGGGUAUGGCUAAUGUCCUUGAACCCCAUAGCCACGGACCUCUACCCUCACCAUCACGAGGUCCCCUGCGAGCCCUCGUCCUCUUGCUCUCACUCUCCUUUCACUCCGUGUUUGAAGGUCUAGCUGUGGGACUGCAGCCAACAGUCGCAGCUACCGUGCAGCUCUGUCUUGCCAUCCUGGCUCACAAGGGGCUCGUAGUGUUUGGUGUAGGACUGCGGCUGGUGCAGGUAGGCACUGGAUCACGUUGGGCCAUGCUCUCUAUACUGUCGUUAGCUCUCAUGUCCCCCCUGGGCCUAGCCCUAGGGCUGGCUGUGCCUCAGGGAGUCUCUGAAGGGGGGCAAGGCUUGGCCCAGGCUGUGUUAGAAGGCAUGGCAGCUGGCACCUUCCUGUAUGUCACCUUCCUGGAAAUUCUGCCCCGGGAGCUCUCAGGUCCUGAAGCCCCUCUGGCCAAGUGGGGCUGUGUAGCUGCCGGUUUUGCUUUCAUGGCCUUUAUUGCCUUGUGGGCCUGAGAGAUUCCUGACUUUUCUGAUGGAUCUAAGAUGACCUCCCUACCCCCAAGAGUUGCCUCCCAAAUGACCUUAGCCCUCUGACAUUUCUUCACUGAGAUAAAGUGACAUUCACUAGGCAUCAUUCUGUAACCUGGACCCCAGCUUUUUGCUACGCGAGGUGCCAUUUCUCAUGCAGGACUGAGAAAAGGAUGUUUCAGUUGAGUGCCUGUAAAUUGGAGGACUGAUAUAAAGACCAUCACUCCUGAUUUGACUCUUGUCCCGUUUAUCCUACUGUGUGUAAUAAAAUGUCCAUUUUAUC